UUUUAAAAAAGGAUCAAACUUCGGAGUUAAGACUUCCGACGUACUUUCUUGAUUCCUUAAUUCCUUCCUCCCACUUUCUGUCUGUCGGAAAAUAUAUGUUACAAUUUUCAGAUUCAGAAUCAUAACCCUUGCCUUUCCAUGGAGGCCGCUGCCUCGCCUCCUCAGGAACCUCUUCAAUCCAGUGCCUGCGCCCCCACCAUCGAUUCAGUUCCAAAUUCGGCGGUCGAAGACCUUUCACUUCCUUUAUCUAAGGAUUCCACCGGCGACGAUAAUUCGAAGCCCAUCACCAUGGUCCAAAAGAAUAAGACGACGAAAAAGAAGAUUAAGAAGAGAAGGGUAUUCCCAGGUGGAUCGGAUUUAUUGUCUUAUUCGUCUUCCUCUUGUUCGUCCUCAUCCUCUUCUUCCUUUCCGGCCACGCGCUUGGUGCUGAAACGCCGAAGCCCUAGGCUCCUUCUCGGUGCUGCGCGGCGCAGCGAGGGUAAUGUGGCCGCGAUUGCUCUCCCUUUCGGAAUGUCGGUCGCAGCUCUUGUUGCUCUGGUUCUGGAAACGAAAGACCCAGCACGUGGAAGGAUCUCUGUGGAUCAUCUUUCAAUGAUCUGCACUUCGGCAAUCAGAGAAUCUCUAGUCAAUCAGGUCUUUGGUGACAAAUGCGAUUGUUUUAUGAAUAAUUUUGAGAAGUCAUUUGGGAGCACCUUGAGGACACUUAGAGCGAUCAAUGAUUCAUAUGUGGAAAAGGGAGGACAGCAUUUUAGCAACUUAAAAGUAGAAGGUUCUGCUUCACCUACGAGUCUUUACAAAGAAGGUUGCAUGAGCAAUUCUGGUAGAGAAGAUUUUCAGUCAGAGGCAUUCUUGCAAACUUUUGCAUGUCAGGAUCUAAUAAAUACCAGUGAUGAGAUAAGAGAGAAUACGUUAACUGAUUCCGGUAAUCAGGAGUUUGCCCUGCAUGGGCAAACAAACCAAUUGGCUUGUAUCUUGCCAAGCAUUUCUGGUUCUGUAAUCGGACAGUCCAUGGUUAGCACCAUUCAGAAAUCGGUCACAGAGCACACCCGUUCUAAUGACCUUAAGACUUUGGAGCUUGGUCUUACAAUGGAAAGAUUGAAGUUGAAAGAGACCCAGCUGGCUCUCAACUUGGAUUUAAAUCAUCUAGAGCAAUCAAAGUUGGCCAUGGGUAUGUCAAAGGCAUCCUUUAAAGCUGAAAAAUUCAAGACCCAAUUAGAAGACAUGAGACAUGCUGAGCUGCUCAGAAAGUGCGUAGACUGCCUUGUUACUGGUUUGCUUUUCAUGUCAGCUUCACUGUUAUAUGGUGCUUAUGUGUUUUCAUACAAGAGGAUUACUGACGCUACUGAAUCUUGCACACCUUCACCCCAGGAGUCCAAGUCUUGGUGGAUCCCAAAGCCAAUGGCAUCUUUUAAUUCAGGGCUUCACAUCCUCAGGUGUCAGUUUCAAGUUGUGAGUCGAAUGCUGUUUGGCAUCUUAAUGAUUGUCACAAUUGCUUGUUUGCUUCUCCAGCGUUCAGCAACGACGAAACAGAUAAUGCCAGUCACUUUCAUGCUUUUGCUGUUAGGACUUGCCUGUGGUUUUGCAGGCAAGCUUUGUGUGGACACACUAGGAGGGAGUGGAUAUCAUUGGCUCCUAUAUUGGGAGACACUGUGCUUGCUGCAUUUCAUUUCUAAUGUAUGUACAUCAUCGUUGUUCCUUAUCCUCCAUGGACCUGUCAAUGUGUCUCAAGGAACCAAAGGCAAUGUUAUAUUACCCUACUGGAUCCGUCGGUUUCUGUUCUAUACCAUCUUGCUCCUGUUUCUGCCACUACUCUGUGGUCUUGUGCCUUUUGCGAGCCUUGGUGAAUGGAAAGAUCACUUUUCACUGCGGGUAAAUGAUUAUCUGUUUCCUGGUGACUGAAGCUAGAGUUGGGUCUUUGAGCAGCCUAACUUAUGAGUCUACUGUAUCAGAAGCUGCCAAUAGUUGUAUAUGCUGAAGAUAGCUCUGCUAGCACAGCCAGGUGUAUUUAUUCAUGUGUUAGUUACUAUGUAAGCCGUUUUUCUCAACUUGGGUCAUGUGAGAAGAUGUUGUCAGGGAUUCUGCUUGGUGUGAAUUGUAAUGUGAUGCUGUUGUAUCUUAGCCUUGUAAGUCUACUGCACUAAACUUAAAAAGAUAAAAAACUUGCUCUUGUA